AUGAUUCAGCUUUCGCAAAGUCUACAAGACGCUUAUCCUUCGCACGAAAGCGGCAUUACAUUUCACGUGUUCCAUCCACAAUUCAUUCGAACGCCAAUGACGAAGGUUCUGGACGAAGAUUGGAAGGAGCAAAAUAAAAUUGCGGAAGCGAUCAAAAACAAGUUCUUCCCUGUUGUCGAAGAAUGGGUCCCUUCUGCGCUGAAAAUGGUCGGAAGAUAUGAAACUUCUUGUGGAUGGUACUUUCACGAGUUCGCCGUUUGGAUGCAACCUGCAACUCAGUUUCUCGGUGCUCUGAAAUGGGGAUUUUCAAGAGAUGCUGUCAGAAAAGCAAUGAAGGAAAAACGACUUCGAAUGGAAAAAUGUUCAAAGAAAAAGCAGUAA